AUGGCUACAAUGCUACGGAUGUAUGCAACAUGUCAACAGCUUCAAGCCCAGGCCCAAGCUCAUGCAGCAACAGCCAGUGGUCUUCUUGGCCAUACAGAAUUACAGUUGCAUAUGCCUCCAUCGAUAGCACUUGCAAGCCAAGGGAGUCUGCAGGGUCUCAGACUUCAGCUGACCCUUCUUGAUCGGGAGUUUGAUGAUCUAGAUUAUGAAACUUUAAGAGCUCUGGAUUCGGAUAAUGUUUCUACUGCACCUUCUAUGACUAAAGAAGAGAUAAACGCUCUUCCAGUUCACAAACACAAGGUUAAUGUUGGAGAUGUACUUCGUAGCUUGCCCCGCCUGCAUCAGUUUCAUGCUAAUUGCAUUGAUCCUUGGUUGCGGCAACAAGGAACGUGCCCUGUUUGCAAAUUCCGAGCAGGAUCUGGGUGGAAUGACGGUGGGCAUGAUGAUAUCACAGACAUGGUAUGA